AUGAGUUGUCGGGGAGAAAGAUGUGGAUGUACGGACAGGCAGACAGGAAGGAUCUGUGCAGACCAGCUUCAUACUGAAAAAAUACUCACUUGGAAUCAGAAGCUGGGGCAAAUUACAAAAUGUUUGUAUCUCUCUCUCUAUAAAGAUAGCAAUCUGGAUUUCUAUUUUAAGCUUGGAUGCACGAUGGAUAAUGAAUUGUUCUGAUCGGAGCAUGAUAAAUCAUUAUCCCAUACACCAGAGCAUUUUGUCAAACCAUAUUGACGUUUGGGAAUAGCAGGCAGAGGAUCACGCUUUUUUCCCUUCUUCCCCUUCUUCUUGGUUGACAGAAGCGAGUUGGGGCGAGAGAAAAGAAAAGAGCCUGCGUUAUUGUAACCUAAUCCUGGCCCCUGGGGGUCUGAAGGGCCCCGGGCAAGACUUGUCUUUCAGCCCUCCUCUUAUUUUUUGGAGACAGACUGGCUUCUCUCGCCGCUUCUUCUGUCGGAGACACUUCACACCGGAGGACAGAGAGGGAAACGAGGACGUGAACGGAAGAUCAAGUCGACCAGUAACCGGGACUGAAAAGACAGACAGCAGCCUCCAUGUCCUCUGUGUCGGUGUCCUCUCAGGAGGGACGGAGCAUGUCCAGGAUGUCUCUGAGCCGCUCUCCUGUGUCUCCCAUGACCGCCCAGGGCAUCCCGUCUCCAGCCCAACUCACCAAGGCCAACGCACCGGUCCACAUCGACGUGGGGGGGCACAUGUACACCAGCAGCCUGGCCACGCUCACCAAAUACCCCGAGUCCAGAAUCAGUCGUCUGUUCAACGGCACCGAGCCCAUCGUGUUGGACAGCUUGAAGCAGCACUACUUCAUCGACAGGGACGGAGAUAUAUUUCGCUACAUCCUCAGCUUCCUGCGGACCUGCAAACUGCUUCUCCCAGAGGACUUUAAGGACUUCCCCCAGCUGUAUGAGGAGGCGCGCUACUACCAGCUGACACCGAUGGUACGGGAGUUGGAGCGCUGGCAGGUGGAGCGUGAAGCCCAGCGGGCGGCGCCCUGCGAAUGCCUGGUUGUUCGCGUCACACCCGACCUGGGCGAGAGGAUCGCCCUCAGCGGGGAGAAGGUCCUCAUCGAGGAGAUCUUCCCCGAGACCGGAGACGUCAUGUGCAACUCGGUCAACGCCGGCUGGAACCAGGAUCCCACCCACGUCAUCCGCUUCCCCCUUAAUGGAUACUGCAGGCUCAACUCAGUGCAGGUACUGGAGAGGUUGUUUCAGAAGGGCUUCACCAUCAAAGCGUCCUGUGGCGGUGGGGUUGAUUCAUCCCAGUUCAGUGAGUACGUGCUGUGUCGUGACCUCCGGCGGAGCCAGUCCAUCACCAGCACCCCCAUCCGGAUCAAACAGGAACCUCUGGACUAACAGCCACUAACACAAAGUCAACAGACGAGCUCUUUGCGCCAGAAGUCACCUGUUACAAAUUUGCAACUACCAAUCACAUUGCUCAUGCCAGGAUCCUUCUGAUGUCUCCAGUCAUGAUUCAUGCUCUGAUAGCAGCGCUGAGACCUGAGGACUAGAACGUGGUACAGAAAGGGAAGACGAGCCCUUUGAGACACCUGCGACUUCUGCGGGGAUUAUUUAAAAUCAGAAUAGAUGCCUGACUGUGUAGCUGCUGUCAGAGCACUCAGGUUCAGUCUCGGUCUGAGUGGAAUGUCUUUCAAAUCGACACUGAUGAUGAUGAUGAUGCAAUCUGGUAACUUCUGUAAAGCAAGUGAACCCUGAGGUCAAGUGACAUGAAAUGAACACAAGAAAAAAAAA